CGACGCGCGCGCCAUGGACGACGUGCCCGCGAGCUUUCCGCGCGGCGAGGAUGGAUUCGUGGAUUGGGACAAGGUGGACGUCGAGAGCGUGGAGCUGCCCGCGGAUGAAAUCAAACGCGCCGGGUUGGAUCAACCGGUGAAGGUGGAGUUGGAGGAAGCGAAGGAAGAUACCGGGUUCGCGAGCGUGAUCGUCGUGGAUAAUUUGCCGCAGAUUCCCGAGGCGAAGUUUGGCAAGCUGUUGAACGUGCUGACGAAGAUUUUUACCCAAAUUGGUGAAAUCCGAGAGGGAGGGAUGUUGAUGCCGCAAGACGAGGCGACGAAGACGUCUCUCGGAUACGCGUUUGUGGAGUUUGCGAACGAGCAACAGGCGCAGAGCGCGGUGGAACAAACGGAUGGGUAUAAAUUGGAUAAGACGCACAUCUUCAAGGUUUGCAAGUUUGAUGACUUUGAAAAGUACCAAAAGGUGCCGGAUGAGUACGUCGCGCCGCCGCCGAAGCCGUUCGCGCCGCGCGAGAACACUCAAGCGUGGAUGAUGGAUCAGCGUGGGCGCGAUCAAUUCGUGUGCCGAUUCGGCGAUGAGACGCAAAUCUUUUGGAACGAUCCCCAGACGAAGAAGGGCGAGGAUGUGUACACGCGUACGCACUGGACGGAGUCGUAUGUGCAGUGGUCGCCCAAGGGGAGUUUCUUGGCGACGGUGCACAGACAAGGCGUUGCACUGUGGGGUGGUGAUUCGUUCGGACGUAUCGCUAAGUACGGUCACAAUGGCGUUCAAUUCAUUGAAUUCUCUCCAUGCGAGCGAUUCCUCGCCACUGGGUCCACGCACGAUCCGACCACGGCGGACGGAGUGACAUCCGUCCUCGUCAACUUUUUCGACACGCGCUCGGGCGCCAAGUUGCGUACUUUCAUGGGACCUAUUAGUGAUUUCAUAGCCCAAGGCCAACAAGGUUUGAGGUGGCCGGUGUUCAAGUGGUCGGGGCAGAGUAGCGAUGAGAGCGGAUGCUUCUUUGCCAAGAUGGGCACAGGCAUGAUUUCCGUGUACGCCGCCCCGGAAAUGACGCUGGUGGAUAAGAAGUCCAUCAAAGUCGACGGCGUGGUUGAUUUCUGCUGGUCCCCGACGGAUCCUAUCUUGGCCACGUUCCAACCCGAACAAGGUCUCGGUAACCAACCGGCGCGCCUUUCUUUGAUUUCUCUGCCGAGUAAGAAAGAAGUUCGUUCGAAAAACUUGUUAUGCACCGGUAGCAUCGUCGGCGUCAACAUGUACUGGCAAGCGAGCGGUGAUUACUUUGGGGCUAAGGUUUUACGGACGACCAAGUCAGGGAAGACGACGUAUAGUGGUUUCGAGUUGUUCCGCUUGCGCGAACCAAACUGCCCAAUGGAAGUUGUUGAACUCGCCAACAAGGCUGAGAAGAUUGUCGCGUUUGCGUGGGAGCCGAAGGGCCAUCGCUUUGCCGUCAUUCACGGCGACGGUGCGCGUCCGGAUGUCUCUUUCUACAGCAUGAAGGAUAAGCAAGGUAACAACAACUGCACGUUGAUUGGUACCGUCAAGAAUAAGACGGCCAACCAUUUGUUCUGGAGUCCGAAUGGGCGCGUCGUCAUCUUGGCGGGUCUGAAGACGAUGAACGGUCAGUUUGAGUUCUUCGACGUAGAAACCAUGGAAACCAUGGCGAGCGUCGAGCACUUUAUGGCAACUGAUGUCGAGUGGGAUCCCACCGGUCGUUUUGUCACCACGGCGGUGACGAGCGUGCACCAAAUGGAGAAUGGAUACCACAUGUGGACGUUCAACGGCAAGCUGCUGUACAAGUACGGCAAGGAUCGUUUCUUCCAGUUUUUGUGGCGUCCUCGCGCAAAGUCCUUGCUCACGGCAGAACAAGAGGCCGAUAUCGAGAAGAACAUCAAGAAGUACAGCAAGAGGUUCGAAGAGAUCGACGAGAAGAUCAGAAACGAGGCGGAUUCCAACGUCGCGAGCGAGAAGAGAGCGACGGCGGAGAAGUGGAAGAAGUGGGUCGAGUCCAAGAAGGCUGUUCGGGACACCCCGAUCUACAAGCAAGCGCUCGACGAGUUGCUUGGCGAUCAAGCCAAGGCAAAGUUGGACUUUGUCGAGACCACCGUCAUCGAGGAAGAGAUUUUAUCCAUCGUCGAAGAACCGCUUUCGUAG